UGUCAGAGGUUGAGCACAUUGUCCCUCCGCGGGUUAUUAUGGUUUAGAUAGUUAUGAAUGAAAUCGCAUUGUGUUAACAAAUUUAGUACAUAUAUUCUACCCUUGGGGCUUUUCAAUCACCUGGGGUGGCUGUAUAUUUAUUGUGCUUAUAGUCUAUUUCAAGAACAGCGUUUGUGGAAGUCAAACUUAACACAAAAUGGCUGGAAUUCUGUUUGAAGAUAUCUUUGAUGUAAAAGACAUUGAUCCAGAUGGCAAGAAGUUUGACAGAGUGUCUCGACUACAUUGUGAAAGUGAAUCUUUCAAGAUGGACCUCAUCUUGGAUGUGAACAUUCAGAUAUAUCCUGUUGAUCUUGGUGACAAGUUCAGACUGGUGAUUGCCAGCACAUUAUAUGAGGACGGAACACCAGAUGAUGGAGAGUACAACCCUCAGGAUGAUCGACCGUCUCGGGCAGACCAGUUUGAGUAUGUGAUGUAUGGAAAGGUGUACAAGAUUGAAGGCGAUGAAACAUCAACUGAAGCAGCAACACGUCUCUCUGCCUAUGUGUCUUAUGGAGGUCUGCUUAUGAGGCUGCAGGGAGACGCCAACAACCUUCACGGCUUUGAAGUGGACUCAAGGGUCUACCUUCUUAUGAAAAAGCUGGCCUUCUGAGCACCGGUCUACUGGCCUACCCACUCACUGCACUCUUCUGUCAUCUAUCUUUGAAGUCACAGUGAAAUUCACAUAUUUAGGUCUGGAGCAAUUUACAGAAGGAUAACAUGGACUCUAUUGGAAAAAUACUUUUGGAAACAUAUUUUCUAUGUGUCUUGAUUCAUAAGAAUGCUUCAACAGAAGCAAGACUUUGGCAAAAAUGAACAGAUACAAUCUCAUGCUCAAGCAAUUGUAAAUAAAUAUUUCUUUUAUAAAAAUAAUGUUUAACAGA